AUGGAGGAGUGCUCUGGCGACGGCCCUGGCGACGCGUGCCCGCUCGCGGUCUGCGCCUCCCCCGCCGCCCCACCCUCCCCUGCGCCGUGCCAGAGCUUCCGCCGCCCUCGCCAUCGCCGCGCCGUCCGCGCCGGAGCCGACCUCGCUCGCCCCUAUCGCCGUUGGGCUGACCUCGUCGACGAGGAGACCGCGCCAUCCCCCGCUUCGCCCCCUUCCCUCCCCUUCCCGGUCCCCCGUUGUGCUGCGCCGCCCGACGUGGCUGGUGGCUCAGCCCCCCUCGCGUGGGGUUAUGCCACCGGCUCACGGUGGCCGCCGCCGACGCCACCGCGACUGAGCUCGUCUCGGCCCACCGGGUUGCAAGGUUCCACCUUGCGAAGAGGCGAUGGACGCCGGCGACGCAAGCGUGCCUGGGGGGUUGUUGGUCGCUUCGACCUGGGACGGGCGCGGGCAUCGUGGCACCGCCCGACGGCCGGACCCUGCUCCGCGCCAUCCCCGCUCCCGCCGACGGUUGACUGCUCGGCCGCCUCCUCGGCUCUCGUCGCCCGUGCGUCUCCGUUUCGCCCGUUCGUCACCGCCUUCGGGUCCUCCUCCCUGCGUUUCCAUGCGUUCCAAUCCCUCCGGCGCCCUUGGCUUGCCCUCUCUGGCAGCCCUCGAGGGGAAACCCUACGGGUCAGCUCCCCACCCCGCGCCCUGGACCAUGGCUUGCUGGGCCGCUGCACGGCCGGGCUUGCUGUGGCGCUGGAUGGGCCCAGCCCAUCUGAGCUGGUUCGACCUCGGGCGGCUGGCCUCGCCCGUGCCCUAGGCCCACCACCCCGUGCCCAGUAUUUGGCUCCCUCACGGUCUCCCCCGCGCUCCUGUUUCCCUCCCCGCCGCCACCCCUUCACCCAGCUCCCCCCCGCCCCCUCGCCCGACCCACCACGCCCCCCUCCCGCCCGACUGCUUGUCGUGGCAGCUCCCCCUCCUCCCGGGCGGCUGCUGGCCAUGACGAGCGAGUGGGACGACGGGGAAGCUUGGUGCAAACGUCGCUACGACGACCGCCGUGACAUCCCCCGUCCCUUCCCGGAUGCUCAACGCCGCGAGGACGAGGUCCGGGAGGGCCGGCGGUCGUCGGGUCACUCCGACCGAAGAGGCCGAUCCCGCUCCCCCCUGGCUGCCUCCGGAGAUUGGCGCUCCCGUCGCCGCUCGCCCUCCCUCGGGCCUCGCCGCGGCCGGAGCCCCUCCCCAUCCCGCGCGGCCCGUCCGCCAUCUCCCCGCUCCCAUGCCCCGCCGCUCGUCGACUCGACCCGGAAGUACAUCCCUCCCCAUGCGGCUGCUCCUUCGGCUCCGGCCUCCUCUACUGCCCCGGGCAACCCGCCCCACGGACGCCAGGGGGCUGCCAAGAAGAAGAAGCGCCGCGGCCAGGGCAGGGGCAACCAGGCCGCCCCGCCCCGCUUGUCCCUGGCUCCGCGACCAUCCCGGGUCCUGUGUCCGGCCUCCCCCGCCCCCCGUGCUUCAAUUGUGGGGUGGCGGGUCACUCGCAAGUCAACUACGUCAGCCCCCAGUGCUGCUACAUCUGCAAGGAUCCGGGCCACCCCGCUCUUCUGUGCCCGGAUCGUCCGGUGA